AUGUCAUCAUUCUAUGGUCCUCACGAUAUGGGACCCCUCUCUCCGAACGAAGGAGUGUCUCGCACGGGGGACAAUCUACGACCGGGCAGCGGAGCGGCGAGCACCCCAUCUCCCGGUCAGAUUUCAGCCAUGAUGAUGCACAAUCCGAAAAGAGCGUAUAGACAAAGAAGAAAAGACCCGAGUUGCGACGCUUGCCGUGAGCGUAAGGUCAAGUGUGAUGCGACCGAAACAUCUAGUUGUACAGAAUGCUCGAGUCGCAAUGUUCGCUGCCAGUUCACCAAGGACACAAACCGGCGCAUGUCGUCUAUCAAGCUAGUACAGGACUUAGAGCGACAACUAAUGGAAGCCCGGCAGCAGCUCGAGCGGUAUCAUUCGGUUGAGCGAAAUUCUGAUCUCUCCACUGACCUUCGUCCCGAAACUGCCUCCUCGGUCUUCGCUGAAUUUCCGUCUAUCGGCAAAUCGCCACGGAGGAUGUUGAAAGCAAGAGCACCUCAGGACCUCACAAGUGCCAGGACACAGUUGAAUGAUGUUGGUCGUGGCUUGCUGAAACCUCCCGUUACGGGAGUCCAACCUCGAUCGCACACUACACAUACUCGAGUUUCAGACCUACAAGGAUUGCCUUCGCAACCAGUCGCAGAAAAUUUACUACACUACUAUCACGAAUAUAUCCACCGUCUUUUUCCCGUUCUAUAUUGGCCUAAAUUUCAGCGGAAUUUUACGAUAGCAAUGGAGAGAGGCAACGUGCAAUCACUACCGACAGACUGGGUCGCAACGCUAUAUGCGGUUCUGGCCUGUGGCGCACUUGCAACCCAUGACCGUGCCCGGGUUCCGGAGGCGCAGGAGUAUCUCACAAGGGCAAUAUCAACCAUCAAUUUCUGGGAAGAUGAUGUUUCUACAAACCAGGCAAUCGUAGCGUUUCUCGCUAGCAUUGCGCUGAUAGAGAUGAAUCGGAAAUCUGCUAGUUGGAUAUGGCUGGGCUCUGCAAUCCGCAUUGUCCAGGAUCUAGGGUUGCACGUUCAAGGGGGUCAAUGGUCGCCGAUUGAAGGCGAAAUGCGCAAACGCAUAUGGUACUCAUUCUAUGUUUGGGACCGCCUGCUUGCCCUGGAACUCGGAAAGCCGAUGCUCAUCAAUGACGACGAGUGCGACACAGAGUACCCCGAAGUUCUCGACGAAGAGCGCCUGAUGUCCGACCAUAUGACCACUCCCCUGGCUCCUAAACUAUUGCUGGCCAAUAUUUACAUAGCACGGCUUAUGGCGCCGCUGGCUAAGACUUUUCGUUCCCUCUGCAUCACCAGCGAGGCGUUGGCCAAGUUCGAGAGUCACCUGGGUGAAUGUCUGCAUUUGUUUCCCCGGCCACUACAACUCUCUUCGACCUCUCCUCUGGAUCCAUGUAUUAUGGCCCCACUUAUCUCUUUCCAAAAUACGCGCAUAAUGCUUCAGCGCCAUAAUUUAUCCCCAUCGUGCUCUUCAGAGCAAAGAGCCCAAGCUAUUGAGCAGUGUCUCCAUGCUUCUCGCGAUACCGCAAACAUCCUCUCAAGGUGCAUGAUCCCGCAUGUUCAAUCGCAUGAGUGGGAACAGCGAUUUGUGCUCUCUUCAACCACCAUGCUAUGUACCCAUCUCUGGCGGUGCAUGCUCUUCUUGUUGUCUCGACAAGUUUAUGACGCCUUUUUUCUCGUCCUAAGAGCGGCUGCUACGAUCAAUGAUGCUCGAAGCAUUAAUACUUGCUGCGGGAGGCACUUGUCUUUCUUUCUACGCUGUUUGAUUGAGCGGGCAGAGCAGCCUGGCAGUAUCGACAUCGACCACGACGAGGAGUUACUAGUCUACUUGUCGGCAGACCUUCAAGCCAGUACAAAUAGCUGGGUAUGGGGCAACGCUGAGACAGGCACUCAUCUCAGUCGACGGCAAAAACAUGGUAGACCAAGGCAUCAGUUCAUCGAACACGAUCCACACUCGUCAGGCGCUCAGUCACCGUCUUGGGAUAACAUGUUGUCUGAGGAAGAGCAGCACGAUUGGGGCGGCUGGCAACACAUUGAGCAUUCAGCAAGAUAUCUACAGCAACUCUCGAAGCGACAGCAUUAUCCACACAAUCAAAUCCCACCUCCUCUGCCCAUAUCACCUUCACCCAAUGGACCGGCUCCAGCAGGAAUUUCAGGAGGACUAACAUUGCCGCCGAUCAGCACGCCGAACGAGACCCCUACCCCAGAUCCAAACCGAUCACGAAUGACAAUUGCGAACAUCAUAUAG